UUUUUUUUUACUAAAAACCACUUACUAUCAUUAACCAUCAUGACACUACCCUCUACAGAUUCCGUAGAUAAUCAAUUACACAAAAAUACGAAUAGAAUCCAUCUUCAUGACACUUUAGAACAAAAUCAAUUUUAUCCUAUGACAAAAGAAGCCUUGAUGGAUCUAGUCCACUGUAUCCCUAACGAGGAUUUGAGACAAGCCAUUCAAAUUGAAAUUAAAAAACUUGUAUCUGACUAUGAACACACAAUUUCUGUGCUUGAACAGCGAUCAGAUAUCUUCAAACAAGAAUACGAAAGUUUAAGACGAUCGAACGAAGAAAACAGUCAGCGCAAAUACGAAAAAGCGGUCCGGGAAAUGCAAUUUUUCAAGAAGAAGUUUGACAAGGCACAUGAAUUGAAUAAGCAAUACAUGACCUUCUAUGGUCCACUCACGCCUGCUAACAGACCCCUCAGUCCUUCAUUUGAUAACAGUACAGUAACUUCUUUUACGGACAUGGAAAGAUCUGUCUAUUCCCUUCCUUUGAGUCCAGCUGUGUCUUCUAUGUCAGGGGCAACUGAAAUGACCCAUGGUUCUCUUUACCACCAAUUCAGUCCUCUUCCACCACCACCCGCAGCACUACCGACAUCACCACCACCUAUAUCGCCGCCACUACCACAACCGCCGCUAUCUACAAUGAUGGACACCAAACCUCGUCAUAUGUCAACAUUCUCAUCUUCUACUAAUUCAUCUAAUUCAUGUUUACCCAAUUCAACCGAAUUACCUCCUGUGCUUCGCAUGCGAAAGGAUUCAACGAAUACUGUAGGCGUUGCCAGUAGCAUACAUUCAGCCAGUACUGAGGAUAGUAAAAGUAGCAUCUAUUCAACUGCAACAAGCACCGCUUCCCGUACAAACGAUCCCAUCAUUCAACAACGUAAAGUAGACCCUAUUGCCUUUGGUGGCUCUGAUGCUCUUUGGGACACUAUUAUUAGCAAUAAGACUCAGGACACAACGAUUGAAAAAAUGAUAAGUAAUUUCCUGAGACGCGGAGGAUCGCCUAAUACAGCCAAGCAAUCGUCGAGUAACAAGAUGAUCAAAUACGGUUAUGGUAUGUUGCAUGCCAUGAUCGCCAUCAAAGCCUCUGCAUUUAUGAAUAUCUUGCUUCAACAGGGUGCUAACCCUAAUGCAAUGACGUUAAGUCAAGUAGAAGAAGACAAGGUUACACCUGGUUAUCUAGCAGCCAGUAUGGGUUGGAUUCUGGGACUUCAGGCUCUUGUCGAGGCUGGUGCUGAUCUCACACAAGCCAAGGGAGCUGGACUGAAAAACAAGACAGCACUGCAUGUUGCAGUUGAAAAUUGUCACACCACUGUAGUGGAAUACAUUGUAUCACUUACUCCACCUAAAUAUCAUUCACAAGUGGAUAGCAUGGGUGCAAGUGCUUUACAUUACGCUGCUUUGACUGGUCAUACAGACCUUGUGAAUUAUUUGAUCCAAACAUGCCAACUUCAGACUGAUUUACAAGAUUUACGAGGAGAAACACCUCUACACUGGGCUUCUCGUCAAGGACAUCUUGAAGUUGCCUCCUUGUUAAUUGAGCGAUGUGGUUGUGACUUUAAUGCCUAUGUACCACGUAAAAUAGGCACACCUUAUGAUUUGGCUAAAGCAAGCGGUCAUAAACGGCUACUCGAUUACUACAAAAAGAUUGGUGCCUUGACUGCUAAAAAAAUGGACAGAAAAAGAGAAGAAGAAAUGGAGAAACAAACGCCUGCUCACUUGGAAUUUGCAUUAACGAAGAAUGGACUCUUUGACUUUUAACAAUGUAAAUAAUCCCGAAAAAAAAGUUACACUUAAUUUCAUCAUGAAAAAGAUUGCAACUGUGUGUGUGUAUUACCAAAACAAGACUUUAUGAUGUUGAUAACAAUAAAUUGUUG